GCGUGACGGCAGAGGAUCAACAACGCACGAGGAUGCCACUAACACACACUCACCAGCACAUUUCUGAGGUCUGUCCGAAAUAACCAGCAAAUGGUGACCGGCGCGGUGGACGCUGAACGGGAGUAAAUUCACCGGAGGAGGCGUAAAGAAACAACCGGGGAGCGACUCUCAUUUAACAAAGCGCUUUUCUUUGAGUGUGGCUUUUUCGGGUGUAGGAUUUUCAGUGGAUUCUUUUGUAUCUGGAUUGUUCGUGGAGGGAGAGAGCCGGGAAGCGGUGUUUCAUUGAGCCAUGAAGAAGAACAGUUCGUCAAAGCGGGGCCCUCAGGAUGCCAAUCAACAGCCUGUGCAGCCCGACAAAACUGGCUGGAUCCGCAAGUUCUGUGGCAAAGGAAUUUUCAGGGAAAUUUGGAAAAACCGAUUUGUUAUAUUGAAAGGAGACCAACUCUUAAUUUCUGAAAAAGAGGUAAAAGAUGAGAAGAAAAUUCAGGAGGUGGUGGAUCUCACAGACUACGAGAAGUCUGAGGAGCUACGUAAGGCCAAAAGCAGGAGCAAAAAGAACCACAGCAAGUUCACGCUUCUGCGUUCACGGCAGCCAGGCAACACGGUC